AAAAAGAUGGCAGCCCCCAUUGCAAAUGAUGAUAACAGCCGUAAAUGAAUGAAAUGAAUGUGACCUUUUUUUUACAGAACUGAUAAAUCUUGAACUUGAUUCUUUAUAUAUUUUCUAGAUCUAGAAUCUAGAUCUACAUCAAAUUGAAAUAUAGUUGAAGAAUGUCACGCUUCAACUGGGCCCCCACUGCAUACAAGUUGUUGAAUGGUGUGCUGUGUGUUUAUAAACCAGAUGGUCUUUCAUCACGCUUUGUGGUAAAUGCAAUCAAAACCAACCUUACAAAAGAUCUGAAUAAAUUACCAUGCUAUCAACAUGAAAUACCCCUGGGUCAAAGGAAGAUAAGGGCAACAAGCAACGUGAGUGCCUUGUCAUUGAACACAGAACCAAGCGGUAUUCAAGAUUGGUCAGAGCAUAGACUGGUUUUGGGUGACAGAUAUGAAGAGUCAGAUUUAUUUGUCAAUUAUGUUGAUAGGCUGGCAUUACACUCCUCUGGUGUAUUAGUUUUAGGUGUUGGAAAAUUUGGUCAAGACAGUUUGAGCAUCAUUUCCAUGGCCAAGUAUCUGAGGGUGUAUCAUGUGAAGGGCAGGUUUGGUUGGGCUACACACAACUUCUCUGCCAGGGGGCGCAUCCUUGAAAGGUCCAGUUAUAAGCAUGUCAACAAAAGCAAGAUUGAAAGAGUUUGUGCAGCAGCUCAAGGUGCCCACACAAGGCAAAUGUACAACUUGCAUGGUGUGAAUCCUGACAGUCAAGAAGCCUAUGAGAUGGCUGCCACAGGUAUCAUUAGACCAGCAACAAGAGACACACAUCCCAUCUUGUAUAGCAUUAAAUGCAUUGACUUCCAGCCCCCUGAUUUCACUCUUGAGAUUCAUAGCAUUAACGAAAGCUGUGAAUUCCUGACACAGUUCAUUCAUGAUUUGGCAAUCAAAUUAAAAACUUCAGCUGUCUGCACCGGGAUCCGGCGUCUGAGGUAUGGGACAUUUGACCUCCAGAGGGCGCUCCUGCGACAGCAGUGGCAUUUAGAUCCAAUCAUUGAUAACAUUGAGAGUAACCUGGAUCUUUUGACCCCUGAACUGCUGUUUGUUGGAACACAGGCUGAACCUGUGAAGCUGCCACCUGUACAAAAACACAAGGGUCACUUACCAGGUGGUCAUAAACUAGCUGGUCAUUUAACAGAUGGUCAUUUGAAAGAUGGUCAUUUGAAAGAUGGUCAUUUGACAGAUGGUCAUUUGACAAAUGGUCAUUUGACAAAUGGUCAUUUGAAAGAUGGUCAUUUGACAGAUGGUCAUUUGAAAGAUGGUCAUUUGAAAGAUGGUCAUUUGAAAGAUGGUCAUUUGAAAGAUGGUCAUUUGAAAGAUGGUUAUUUGUCAAGUACUGUGCCAGACAGUCAUGCGCCAGAUGGUCGUGUGCCAGACAGUCAGUACCUAGCUGACCCCCAUCACCACCAGUCCUCUAACGUGACUGCCUCACAGAACAAUGCAGAACCUCAAAGUCCCACCAGUGACAAGGAUGCACAUUGUGACACUGAAAUGACUGACGGUGCUUCAAGUAAUACUUGUGAUAACAAUUCUCAGAAAAUUUCAAAUCACUUAAAAGAAUAAAAUGAAAAUU